GUUACACGUGGGUGUGAAAUGAGUGGAGCGGAACUUUGCAACGGAUUUCCUCAACACUUUCCCACCAUGAAUUGCCAAGAAAAUGAGUACUGGGACCAGUGGGGACGGUGUGUCACCUGCCAACAGUGUGGUCCUGGACAGGAGCUCUCCAAGGAUUGUGGUUAUGGAGAGGGUGCAGAUGCAUACUGCACAGCCUGCCCUCCUCGCAGGUACAAAAGCAGCUGGGGUCACCACAGAUGUCAGACUUGCAUCACUUGUGCUGUCAUCAAUCGUGUUCAUAAGGCCAACUGCACAGCUACCUCUAAUGCUCUCUGUGGUCACUGUCUGCCCAGGUUCUACCAAAAGACACGCAUUGGAGGCCUACAGGACCAAGAAUGCAUCCCGUGCACGAAGCAGACUCCCACUUCUGAGGUUCAGUGUGCCUUCCAUUUGAGCUUAGUGAAGGCAGAUGCAACCACAGUGCCCCCUCAGGAGGCCACACUUGUUGCACUGGUGAGCAGUCUGCUAGUGAUGUUUACGCUGGCCUUCCUGGGGCUCUUCUUACUCUACUGCAAGCGAUUCUUCAACAGACAUUGCCAGCAUGGUAAAAAAAUUAUUUUCCCUGAUCCAGCACCAGAUAACCUUAAUCUGAUAUCUGAAUUUGCAGGAGAUUCUCUGCAGUUUGAGACUGACGAGCCUGCAGAGGUGGAAUCUGUCUUCCCCAUGCCACCUGGCCAAGAGACCAGUUCCGAGUCCCCAGUGAGUGAGAGCAUCUUUGCGACCCAGCCACUUAAACCCAUCCUGGAGGACGACCGCAGCUCAACUCGUGACUUCCCCACACAGGAGUCCUAUACCAUGUCUUCCUGUGCCUCAGAAAGCCACUCCCAUUGGGUCCACAACCCCAUCGAAUGCACAGAGCUGGAUCUGCAAAAGUUUUCUAGCUCUGCCUCCUAUACUGGAGCUGAGAUCUUUGAGGGAAACAUAGCUGAAAGCUCUGGAGACAGACUGGAGCUCAAUGUGUCUUUUGAAGUUCCCAGCCCUUAA